AUGGUUCCCUGCGGAAUCAACUGUGAGUUCAAUAUCGAGGUCGCACGAGACGAUGCCUCCAUCAUUGCAACAGACUAUGAUGGUCCGCGCAGAGAUAUUGGAUACACUAUCGAAGUCAACGAUAUCGACGUCACUAGGAGAAACUGGGGUUUCGUUCCAACUCUUGCACAUGUUAUCCAGUCGCCGAAAUCUAAAUUCGAGCAGAUUAGAGAGUCCAUUCAACAAUCUGAGACUUUCAAGAACCUCGACGGGAUGCUUAAGCAGUCUAAGGUGUCGAUUCAACACUCGAAGACCGUUAAGAAUAUCAAUAAGAUUCUUCAACAAUCUAAGGAGAAGGUUGAUGAGCUCUUCCAAGAGCCAAAGCAGAAUCUUGACGACAUGUUAAGUCGGUUACGAAACACAAUUACCAAAGUCAGUCUUCGGAAGACGAGCUAUGGCAACAUUCGCGAGGUUUCGAAGCCAAUUACGCAAACUCCUCGAAGUGAUCGCACCGAUAAUCAUGGAGUGUCUUCUCCGUCCAGAAUGAAGAGGCAAGCAUCGAUGUUCUUGACAACUACCAAGUCAAUUUCCAACAACCUUCGCAAUUUUAUCAGCAAUAGAUUUCCACGACCCGCAACCCCUGAUCCCGUGUACUAUCCUAUCGUCACGUACGACAUGCCGGAAGAACAAACGGAAGGCAUCUCUCGUUGGGUCAAUAACGCACACGAAGGUGAAGAAGACCCGACCAACCGAGAUCUCUUCAAAGUCAUCACCACUGCGCAACUUCUCAAGAUGAAGGGCGCUGAUAUGGACACAAUUGAACGUCUCCGCCACUACCGUGUUCCCCCUUCCACUCCCGUCCCUCAAGAGAAUCGUGAAGCACUUGCAGCUGCACUUGAGACCGAUAGAGAGGAACAACUUGAUGGAGAGGAGCCAUAUCUCGAGGAGCUCGAGGAAGAGUAUGAAAUCCCGCCCAAGCGCAAGGACUUAAUUAAGUAUCUCGGCCUUGAAUCGAAUAGUCUUCAUAUCAUGAAGGAUCCCACCUAUGCGUACGACGACCCUGCCAAUCUCUCCGACUACUACAAGAUUUCAGUCAACUGCUCUGACGAGGAUUUGCUGGAAGAACUCGAGGAUCUGAAGAUUCCUAGAUGGGAGGGACCCGAGGCUGACCCAGACUACAACCCGCGCGACUAUGACCGCCCUGCCCGAACGGAUUGGAUGCAACCCCCUCGAACUCACAAGCCAUCCCACAGCAUCAUCCUCUGGCUUUGGAGCCGAGGUCACAGCCACCACAAGAUCGUACAGACGAUUCAACUCCUGGAUCCGUCUUUCCUCCGUGACUUCUCUGGUCACAUCUGGAAGGGCUUAUUCAUUCCGGAGUACACUGAGAUGACCGACGGGAUUAUCGAAAAGUUGCGCGUGCUGGCUCCCGCCCCAUUGCACGAAUGGGAGGUUCCAGGAGCAUUGGAUAGGCAUGGCAAGGAAUUCUCCGAUACUUACAAGGAUCUGAGAAACCAACAGUGCAUUGAUAAUCUCAUGAAAUUCACUGAAAGGGUUAUCACAAACCACUUCUUUUACCGCAUUCGCAGGGGCUAUAUCUCGUAUGGCGACAUCAACAUUCAACAUGCUGGGACUACCAAGUGA